CUCUAACUUGUAAAUGGUUAUAUUUGGUUUUGUAAUUUGUAGGUAAACUACUUAUGGCACAAAGACCUCAUCUUUAUUGGACUCCAUGUGCCGCACAUUGCGUUUAUUUAAUGUUGGAAGACAUUGGAAAACUUCCAAAGGUCAAGAAUGCACUCAAAAAGUGUAAGUUCAUGAAUGGUUAUAUUUAUAGCCAUAUCCCUCUUGUGAACAUGAUGAGGAAGUUCACACAUGAAAGAAAUUUGCAUAGGCCGGCGGUUACUAGAUUUGCAACAUCUUUCGUCACUCUUGCUCAAUUUCAUAAACAAAAGGCCAACUUGAGGAAGAUGGUUACUUCUCAUGAGUGGAGUGCUUCUAAGUGGUCAAAGGAAUCGGGUGGAAAGAAAAUAGCAUCCUUUCUCUUGCAAGAAAACUUUUGGAAGAAUGUUGUUCAUGCUCUUAAGUUGGCAAGUCCUCUUGUGAAGGUGCUUAGGAUGGUUGAUGGAGAGAAAAAACCUCCAAUGGGCUACAUUUAUGAAGCCAUGGAUAGGGCCAAGGAAGCUAUUUCUAAGGCUUUUUCAAUGAAGGUUGAACACUAUCAAAAGGAUUUUGAGUUCAUUGAUAAAAGGUGGGAUGUUCAACUUCAUCAACCUUUGAAUGCGGCUGAAUUUUAUUUGAAUCCGGAAAUCCAUUAUGAUAAACCCGAUCAAGUUGCUGAUGAGGAAGUUGUGAAGGGUUUGUAUGAUUGCAUUGCAAGGAUAGUUCCGGAUGUGGAAACUCAAGACAAGAUACUUAAUGAAUUGGAAUCAUUUAGGAAUGCCACCGGACUCUUUUCCCAUAACAUGGCAAUUAGGCAAAGGAAGACCAAAUCACCAGCGGAUUGGUGGUCUUCGUAUGAAAAUUCAACUCCCAAUCUCAUGCAUUUUGCCAUAAAGGUUCUUAGCCUCACUUGUAGUGCUACCGGUUGUGAGAGGAAUUGGGGUGUUUUUCAACUUCUCCAUACUAAGAAGAGGAACCGAUUGGCUCAAAGUCGAUUGAAUGACAUGGUAUAUGUGAAAUACAAUCGAACUUUGUUUCGCCGGUACACGAGGAAAGACACCAUUGAUCCCAUUCUCUUAACUGAGAUUGAUGAAAGUAAUGAGUGGCUACUUGGGAGGAUGGAUGAUAAUGAGGAGAAUGAGAAUGAUGAUGAUUUUGUAUUUGAUGGUGAGGAUUUGACAUGGGGUGCGGUUGAUAGAGCCUCCGGAGCUAAUGAUCCUAUCUAUGCCACUAGAGCAUCAUCAUCAAGAGUUGAUAAAGGUAAAGGGAUUGCUAGUAGCUCCACUCAUAGAGUUGUGUUGUUGGAUGAUGAUGAUGAUGAGAUGGAAGAGGACACAAGUGGAGACUCGGGAGAUGAGGAUUAUCAAGUAGAGGAUGAUGUGUACGACGAUGAUGACAUAGAGUACUAG